CCAAGACCAUCACUAUGUCCGAUGGGGACUAUGAUUAUCUGAUCAAACUCCUGGCCCUCGGAGAUUCAGGAGUGGGGAAGACAACGUUUCUUUAUAGAUACACAGACAACAAAUUCAAUCCCAAAUUCAUCACUACAGUAGGAAUAGACUUUCGGGAAAAACGUGUGGUUUAUAAUACUCAAGGACCAAAUGGAUCUUCGGGGAAGGCGUUUAAGGUGCAUCUUCAACUUUGGGACACCGCGGGACAAGAGCGGUUCCGGAGCCUGACCACUGCAUUUUUCAGAGACGCCAUGGGCUUCCUAUUAAUGUUUGACCUCACCAGUCAACAGAGCUUCUUAAAUGUCAGGAACUGGAUGAGCCAACUGCAAGCAAAUGCCUACUGUGAAAAUCCAGAUAUAGUAUUAAUCGGCAACAAGGCAGACCUGCCAGACCAGAGGGAAGUCAAUGAACGGCAAGCUCGGGACCUGGCUGACAAAUAUGGCAUACCAUAUUUUGAAACAAGUGCUGCAACUGGACAGAAUGUGGAAAAAUCUGUAGAGACCCUUCUGGACUUAAUCAUGAAGCGAAUGGAACAGUGUGUGGAGAAGACACAAGUCCCUGACACUAUCAAUGGAGGAAAUUCUGGAAAACUAGAUGGGGAAAAGCCAGCGGAGAAGAAAUGUGCCUGCUAGAUUCUACAUAGGAAAUGGUUGUCAUGAACCCACCCAUGUUCCUUCCAUAAACAAUGACAAACCACAAGAUAGUUGUUGAGUAGACCACGCAUGAUGGCACAGUCUUCUUUUUCUGCCAGAAAAUCUAUUUUAAGAAACCAGAAUAGUCAACAAUGGUGUUCAAAGAAUUGAUCAGUUAUCUGUGAGGCCCUUGCAAACAAGGUCAAAAAUUUUCUCUUGUGAUCUCAUCAUCACGGAUGCUUGAUUUGUCUUUCUUAUACAGAAGCUGAGUCUUUGAAACCAUGUACAAGAAGAAAUAACAGUGGGUUUUAAAUCAGAAAAGAAAUUACCUUGUUACAUUGGAGGAAGGGAUAGAUUAUCAAAGGAAAAAUGUAGAUAGGUGAUUCUUUUUUAAAAAGAUUGGAUUUCUUAUGUAGGAUCUGAUUCAUACUUUUAUAUUUGCAUCGGUGAAAACAUACUAUCUAAAAAUGGAUAUAUGGUAAAAAAUUCUAUGUGGUUCAUGAAUAAUUGCAUUACUCUACAUACCCAAUAAACUUUACAAGAAUGACGAAAUUACUGAUAAGGUU